GAAAAAGCAAGCUAGCUCUGUUUGCGAAUUUAUGUUCGUCAUUAGAUAAAUUGCGUGUUUUGUGCCUGUGGUUGCACUAGCUAUAACUUGCUGAAUGGAUGAUAGCGACUUGGAGGACAGAACCUUGGAGGUGCUGAACAUUCCAGAUAGUAUCGACGAUGAUCUCCUGUCAUUGUACUUCGAGAACAAACGGCGGUCCGGAGGCGGGGGCCUGGAGUCUGUGGAGAGGCAGGGUGGGAAAGCUAUCAUAGUAUUUGAAAAUGCUGAAGAUGCGGCGCGGGUGCUGUCCAAGUCUCAUGUCCUGAGCAGCACGCCGCUGGCGGUGCAGAGGAAGCCCCCAUGUGACCCGCUGCGACUGCUGCUGCGCGGCCUGAAUCCCACCACCUGCAGCGAGCUCGUCCAGAUGUACGUGGAGAACGUGGUCGGUGUGGACGAGGACGACUACGCACUCUUCCGCUCCCCCGGGAACGAUGCAGUCGUCAUUCAGUUACAGCAGCCCUUCUCUCAAGAUUUUGAGAAGGUGUCCGCUAAAGUGUCGAAGAGGACUCUGGAGGGCGCUCAUCUCUCGCUGGAGCGUUUGGAGCGGCCGGCGUCAGUGCUGGUGGAGGGGCUUCACCCCAGCACCAAGACCGAUCUGCUCAGCCUGUACUUCGAGAGCUCACGCGGGGGAGGGGAGGAGGUCGCCAGCGUCCAAAUGAUGCAGACCCAGGGCAGCGCCAGGGUUUUCUUCAAGGAGUUUGAAUCGGUGGACAAAGUUGUCAUCAGAUCCCACACACUGGAGAAUUCCCAGCUGAAAGUUACUCCAUACAUCGGUGUCCUUCUGGCUGACAGCGGUGCUCCCCCUGCUGGCCCCAGCCUGAAUGGCGCCCCGGCUGCUGCCUCCGUUCCUAUGGAGGUGGACACCACGCCCGUCAGUAGCCCCGUGACCCCUGCCCCCCAGGUGAUGGCCCCUGCCCCCCGGGUGACCUCUUCACCCCAGGUCAGCCUUGUUGCCCAGGCAGCUCGUCCGGUCUUGGUGUCGCCACGGCCACAGCCCCCGCUACAGACCCCGCCCUCCAUUCGACAGACUCCGCCCAGGAGCCCUGCCAGCCUGUCCCCCACCUCGCCACACAGCCCUGCUGUGAGCAGGAGCCCAGGGGCAGGUGCUGCUGUCUCCAUGGCAACAGAGUCAGGUGUUGCUGUGUCCAGUGCGGCAUCCGGGCAGCAGCAGCGGGUGGUGGCCCGGUCCACAUCUCCAGUGGCAUCGCUACCAGCACCAGCACCAGCAGCAGCAAUCUUAGCGGCCAGUCCUAAACCCACAGCGGCCCCGAGGCAGGAGAGCGUGGAGGCGCCGAGCAGUGUCAUCGCCGUGUCCGACGGGGACAAGCUGUCCCUGCUGGAAGCGAGCGGGCGCCUGACGGAGCUGGAGGCGGCGAACCCGGGCAGCCGCCUGCGCCUCACUGCGGACGGCGUGUCCCUCGCCGCGCCGGACCAGCUGACGUUGGACCGUCUCCGCGUGGACGUGCUGCAGUGCCUGGGCGGCAUGGCCACGUCUCCUCUGGCCCUGGAGCAGGCCAAGGCGGAGUUUCUGUCCCGCCCUGACGUCAGAGCCAAACUCAUGCAGACUCUGGAGGGCGAAGGCCUGCUGCUGGCCUACACGGUGAGGGACAACGCGGCGUGCGUGACGUCUCUGUCCCUGGACAUGGCCAGCAAGGCGUGCCGGGCCAUCCGUGGCCUGGUGUGCGAGUUCAGCAUCCCGGUGCAGCCGCAGUAUGAGUGCAUCCUCUACUGCCAGGAGUGGCACGCCUUCCUGAACACGCUCGGCUGCUGUGUCGCCACGGUGACGGACGGCGGUGCCAAAAUCACAGUGGUGACCCUUAAAGGCCUGGAGGAAGAGUUGCGGCCCCGCCUGGUGGCGUUCCUGAGUACUCCCAUCCAGAGGGAGACGGUGAUCUCUAUGGAGCCCGGGCGCCUCAAGUACCUCCAGAUCCACUGCGAACAGCUGCUGGCCGACAUGGGCCAAGUCACACUUUUCCCCCUGGAAACUGGUGAUGGACUAACGAUCAGUGGUGAUGCUGGCGUGUGUCAGAUGGCUGAAGAGGUGUUGCGUAACGUAGUGGACUCAAUCUGCACCAGGACCAUAAAGCUGAGCCACCCCGGCUCGUGCCGCUUCCUCCGGGAGGAGGAGGGGGCUGCCAUCCUGGCGGAGAUGACGGCCAAGUUCCAGGUCUACAUCAGCAUGGACAAGGUGCACUGGGAACCGCUGGAGGACAAGGACAUCUUCGAGGCCGGUUGGAAAAUAAUGGCGCAAGAAAACUUCCAGAGGAAUCCAGGCGGUGUCUCCUCGGGCAUUUUGAAGGCGGCGCCACCUGCUGAUGCCAAUGAGCUAAUGCAGAGAUCUCGAAUAGAAGAGGCCAAGCAGAUUCUGUCUGCCAUCCCGGACGGCUCGUCUGACAGGCCUCAAGCCCUUAUAGCCGACGGAACUCAUGGUCACCCGUCUGAAGAGGACAUCUACACGGCCAGCGGGGGUGGGGAGGUCGACGACGGGACGGAGCCGGCCAUCAUGGUGAUCGACGACAGUUCUCAGAGCAGCUCUCAGACGGAAUCUUCAGUUGCUGCCAUGGCGACCGGAGAGGAGGAGGAUGCUGAGGUGGGCCUGGCCAAGCAGCUGUCUCUGGACCCCACUCUGGACGAGCGGGCGCAACUCUCCCUGGCCAUCCAGUACUCCAUGGAGAACAUGGACACAGAAGACGAGGAACUGCAGAAAGCGCUGCAGAUGUCGUUGCUGGAUGCCGGGGGGCCUGGGUGUGGGGCUGGUGCUGUGGGUACGGCUGGAGGGCUCUCUGGGCUGGGUAGCGAGGAGGUGCAGCUGAAGAGAGCCAUGCAGGCCUCACUACAGAACGCCAUCCGGGACGCUAACAUGGCUGAGAUCUACGUCUUUGCAAACUACUCCCACGACCUGAUCCGCACGGAGAUCGCUUUGGGGAAGAAGGCCAGCCUGCGGCAGUGCGAGGAGAAGGUGGAGAGCCGGAGCCUGAGGAACAUGACUGCUCACCACAGCAGGUGCCUGGACAUCGUCAAGAGGAAGCACGCGGUGGAGAUCCGUGUGGACGGAACCACGGCCGUCAUCUCCGGGUUCCGGGACUUUGUGGCGGAGGCGGUGCCCAGCGUUAAGGAGCUGGCACGGAGGAUGGGCAGCGUGACGCCAGACGCGGAUAUCUUGCGCACGGUGCAGUGGGAGUGGCAACCUGCAGCGGGCACAGCAGCAGCCACAGCCCAAGCUUACCCUCCCGACGCCAUCGUCUACUUGGAGCACGCCUGGAAGAUGAGGCAGAAGAAAGUCGACGUGCUUUUCGACGGUCAGUCUUACGUCAUCGACUUUGAGAAGAUGCAGGAGGUCUGCAAGGCGUCGGGGAAAGCGGUGCCCAUCGUUAGAAGGCUGCUCAACACGUCAGACCUCACCACAGUCGUCCCAGAGGAGGAGUUCAGCUUGCUGUCCAGCCUUCCUGACGUGAGUCGCGUAGACGAGAACUCCGACGAGUUCCAAGAUGUGGUGAAGGAUUUCUACGAGUCAAUACAGGAGUUCCACAACAAAAUCAAGAUUGUCAAAGUGGAGAAGCUUCUGAAUGCGCUACUGUUUAACCAGUACAAACUGAAGAAGGCCAGUAUGCUGCAGAGCUGUAGUGACCCGGAGGUGGAGCGCACGCUCUUCCAUGGCACCAGCGAAACCAGCGUCAAGGAGAUCUGCAUACACGGAUUCAAUAGGAGCUUCUGCGGGAAAAAUGCCACUGUGUAUGGCCAAGGGGUUUACUUUGCGGUCAACUCUGCGCUGUCUGUCUCAGACACGUACUCCCCUCCCAACGCUGACGGACACAAGUUCAUCUUCAUGGCCAAAGUACUGACGGGAGACCACACCAUCGGGAAACACGAGAUGAAAGCUGCGCCUCUAAAAGACAACUCCCCCUCCCAAGGAAUUCCACUACGAUACGACAGCGUGGUGGAUCAAGUACCAUCGCCAACGUUGUUUGUCAUCUUUAAUGACACGCAAGCUUACCCAGAGUACCUUGUGACAUGUCAGAAGAUCUAUCGGUGAUCAGUGACUCAGAUCGUUUCGAGAUUCAAUGAAUGCCUUUGACCUGUGUCAAGACAGGGUGUUGCAUUACAUUUGCACAUUUACAUGAACACAUUCUGUUUUCUGUUUCAUAUUGUCCUUGUUAAUGUAUUUUGUUUAUUAUUGACCUGUUUAGAAUUAGCAUCCUUGGUUUUCCCUUUUCUGUAUUUUAUUUUCCUCCUGAAGUUUUGUUUUACUUUUACUGACAAAAUCACUGUGCUCUUAAUAAUGUGCAGACUAAAUACUAAGAUGAAUGUGAAUGAAAUGCUUGCAAGCCGAAGAAGAUGCACGGGGAGUUUGAUGUAUUGGGGAAAAAAAUCGAUGUAUAAAGCUACUGCUGCAGCAUCUUAAGUAUAAUUUAAAUGUUAUAUUUCAUUGUUCUAAGAUUAUGGCUUUUAAAAUAAAGGCAUAAAACAAC